GUCACUGUUUGUCUAUUUACUCUGUGUCGCAGCUGCUUUCCAAGAGCCAACAAGCUUUCGAUUCGAGUGGUGUUGUGUUUUGUUGUUGGUGGAGCGAGCCGUAGGCGGCCGUGUGUUGUGUGUGACGGAAGACUUUCGGCGGGAGCAGUGUGGCGACCACCGUAGCGCAUUGUCGAGGCGGCAGAAUGUCCCGCCGGACAGCCGUCAAGGAGGACUCCGAUCAGGAGAUGGACGAACACAGCUCCGACAAUGAGGACACCGAUACCAGUUCGGCAUCUGACGAUGAUUCCUCAUCAGAAAUGGAUGAGGUCGAUUUCGAGCGGCGGAGGCUCGACUGCGUUGACGAUAUGAUCCACCUCGAGCGACAGUUUCUCAUACUAAAAGAACAGCUGUAUACGGAGCGAAUAAGGCUGAUCGAAAGAAAACUCGCAGAAAUUCGCAGUGGUCAGGCAGACGAAUACCUCGUACCAUUAGCAGAACUACGAGAAGGACUGAGUACACGAAUUGAGGUUGCCAAGGUGCACCUAGGCCUACGGACGCAGUCAAUUAGGUCAAGAUUCGAAGCGGAGACACUCGCCGCUAAACAAACUUAUGAGAACGAUGUUAAUAAUUUGAAAGAUGAAAUGAUCAACGAAAUCCGAGAAAAAAUCCGACAAAUGGAAGAGGAGAGAACACAACCAGCCUCCUACAUCAUGGCCGACUUCUGCAAUAUGCACAAGGGUAAUAAGGGACGUUCCCGUAAGGCUGAUCCUAAUGACCCCGAACGGCGCAAGAAGCCCGUCACAGUAUCCGGUCCAUAUAUAGUUUAUAUGCUGCGAGAAAAUGAAAUAAUGGAAGAUUGGGCCACAAUCCGUAAGGCCCUUCGCGGUACGCGAUGGGCGGAGCACGGAGAUUCUAAUGGUGAUCGGGGUACGCUCUACACGUAAAACAAAAUGUCGCAAUAGUUCGAAACGCGAAAUAUUGUGAAGGGACGGGGACGAACGUUAUAACAGAUGAAGCCAAUUGUUCGACGGACAUUGUGUGUGAAACAUUAUUACCGUGUGUUUGUGUCUUCGAAAUUCGACGACCAGCAAUGAGGAAGAACCUAAGAGAAGAAUUUCUGCAGUAAUUCGGUGCAACAAUAAGUGAGCUAGUUCUUGGAUGACCCGCUGGUCUAACGCCGGAGAACGGUAUAUAUUGUGUGGGGGUUGUAUCAUGAUAAAUAAGAUGACGACGCUACCCAGGGAGCCGAGGACACGUCAAAGUGGGUCACCGCGUCGAAACGGUGACUGCCUCUACCUGAGCAGCAUAGAUUGUAUACUACUUGAACAGAUUGACGGACGAGGAAUGGAGCCUUCCAUCGCCACACUGUAUAUAGCAAUUAAUCAUUUGUCGUGCGUGCGAUAGUGUACGACCACGCGGAGGGAUCAGCAGCAGCAGAAGUAGACAACGUCAGCAACAACAGCAAGAUAACAAACGACAACCACUCCGAAAAUAAUCUGGUCGAAAUUCAUCAACCAUAAUAACGAUGAGGAUCAUUAUAAGAACAUCGUGUUUAUUAUUAAAUUCUGACUAAACUAUUGUAUAAUAAGUACAUGUGCGUGCUAAUUUUAGACGUAGAACGACUUAUUUUAGGUAGUUUAAGUAUUUUUAGAUGCAGCUGUAUAUGCUCGAAGCUCACUGUGAGCUGGGGCUUUUGGCCUAACAAUCUGAGUGUACGACGGAGGUACUGAGUUGAUCGAUGCCGAUAUUAUGGAUUGCUGGGACUUUUUUAAUGUAUAUUUCCUUAAUUUCGUGUUUAUCCCCCAUUGGUCGUUGUCUUCUUUAGAUUGAGAAGGGUUCAAGUUUCUAAACCAAGUACAAUAAUCAAAAUAUAGCAAGUUGGCUCAAGAAAAAUAUGUUACACAUUUUUGGAAUAUAAGGAAUCAUUGUAACUUGAAUGCUUGAAAAUUGUAUGUGAAAACGUUGCCUCUCACUAUCAGAUCCAUCUUAAAUUCGACGUACUUUGGAGGGGAAUAUUAUUCAUGAGUAUGUUGUUUUUAAAGGGGUUGAUAAGAUUAAGCCCUAGAAUGAAAUGUUUUGUACUCUAAACCUACUUAUAAUCUGAACAAUGGCAGAAAUGGCUCAACAAGAUUAAGAAAAAAAAUUACUCUGUUAUCAUAGAAAUGCAAAUUUACAUGAACAUCUUCGCACAUCAGAAAGUAAACUCGCAGCAUACUUGCGCCGCAUCUUGCAAGUAGAGUACGAGGUCUUUGGGGCUAACUAAUUUGUAUUUAAAAACAUAGCUAUGAUUAGACUGGCAUAUUUUCUUAAUUUUUUGAUGAAGUCUUCGGCUGUAGGCUAUAGUUAAGAAAUU